AUGACGUCUCAUCCGUUGAAUCCGGCGCUACGUGCAGAGAAGGCGCCCGCCCCGCGAUCCGCGACCGGGGACAAGCCAUACGAAGAGUACGACUCGACCGUCAACGACCCGAAGACAGCGCCUGUCCUGGCGACCGCCCUGCCGACCACAGGUACCGCAUCGGUCGAUCUCCCACUUCGCAACAUCGCAAAGCCGCAUACGGCGACCCGACCUCACAUCAAGCAAGAGCAUGAAGAGGUGUUCCAAUCACUACAAGAGGCUGCGACCGAGAGGGAUGGGGCAGAGAAACAGGCGUUGCCGCUUACGACGGUAGAGCAGCUGCGUGGAAUGAUCGCGGAGAGGGAUGCGAAGGCGGCAGAGCUAGAACAAAGGCUAUCAGAUCAGGGCAAAGAGCUUGAAGAGUCGAACGCCUUGAUCCGUGAAUUGGAGGACGCGAUAGAGCUCGCAAGGUCAGCCCUGGAAAAUGUACGGAACAAGCACGCGAGGAGUUGA